GUUUCUUUCUGGAGAAGUGAAGAGGGCGUCCUACUGAACGGAGGGCGAGGUUGACCUGAACAACAGAUAAACGACAGUAGAAAAGAAUAAUAUUGAGAAAGAAAUGCUCAAUAUGGAGUCAGGAGCAACGGGACCGUGUCCAACCGACAUGGGAGAGAAUGAUCCAGAAGAAGUGCUGAAACUUAUCCUGAUUGGAAACACGGGGUCUGGGAAGAGCGCCUCAGGGAACACCAUCCUUGGCCAGCGAUCCUUCGUUUCCUUUAAUACCGCAGCCUCCGUGACACAAGUCUGCCAGCUGGCGACCUCUGGAUACCAUGUUGAGGAGGAGGCGUUGAGGAGGAGGAAGAGCAGUUCAAGCAGGAGGAGCAAGAGGAAGAAGGUGGCGGUGGUGGACAUGCCAGGUUUAGGAGACACACUACGGGACCAGGAACAGAUCAUCAAGGAGAUCAGCAAAAGCAUGGCCCUGACGGCCCCCGGCCCACACGCCUUCCUCCUGGUGGUCAAGCUGGAACACUACACAGAGGAGGUGAAAAGGGCAGUGGGAAUGAUAGCUGAGGUAUUUGGUGAAGCGGCGCUCCGCGACUACACAGUGGUGCUGUUCGCCAGGGGAGAUUGCCUGGAGGAGCAGAUAGAGGAGUACCUGUCCAGCUCUGAUGAAUUCAGGGUUUUGAUUCACAGAUGUGGAGGCAGGUACCACGUAUUCAACAACAAGGAUGAAAGUGAUGUGCAGCAAGUUCCCGAGCUGCUGGAAAAGGUGGAGAAGGUUGUGGAUUUCAACGGUGGAGGGUGUUAUACCAACGCCAUGUACCAGGAGGCGAAUCGACGUUGGUGGAAGACCAUACUGUCAUGGUUUAAGCGCUCCAAUCAGUAACGGUAACAAAUCAUAAAAAAAAUUAAAAAAUCGAAAAAGUUACUUUUUUUUUUUUAAUCGCAGCCUUUGCGAUUUGGAUAUCGCGUUAUAUUACAUCGCAAUUUCGAUUUGAAUUCGAUUAAUCGUUCACCCCUACUUUAAAGUAUCUAAUAUGGCCAUUGGGGCCGGAGGGCUUGCGAGGGUCCAGAGGGUUUACGAUCCAGAUUUUUCAAAUGCUUCCCCUCUACCACGACCGCUUCACCUUUCCUUUGCCUGUUGUUUUAUGUAUCAGGGUCAUUUGGACCGUGAUAUAUUUUUUGUAUUUUUUAAUAUCGGGGCACUCAGUCUGGUUGAAAAGCGGGGGGCAGAACUGCAAAAGGCUCUUGUGCCCUCCUGUAAGGGAAGCAGACAGACGACUAGAAGAAAAGGAGUACAGGGGGGAGUGGAGGAGCGGCUUGACAUCUUGUCUCUCCCCUGUUGCUUAACUUAUCUUUACGUUCCUAGUCUUCACUUCACUUGGAGAUGUGCCUGAUCAUUGGCUUGAGUUAAUAUUCAUAGUUAACAUGGUUCAGAAAAUAAAGUUAAUAGGAUACAUUUUAGACUUAACAUCAGAUGGGUUGUUGGUUUUACAGUUGAUUCAAUCCUGCAUAAAACUGGCUUCAUAUAUGUUUUCAUUGUCAUGAUUUAUUCACUGGAAAAUAAUCAAUUAAGGAUGUAUUGACUUCUCAGUCACAUAUAUAACUUGCAUAUUUUAAAUCAAUAAACAUAUAAUUUCCUGUACUGAAUGGAUAAUUUUUGUCUCAAAAAAACUGCCUGUUUAAAAAUGCUGUUUUAUGCCCGUGAAUAGUGUGUGAAGCAAGCUAACAGCUGACCCAUGAAUGACCGGUGAAUCCAACCUGUAUUGAUUUUCCCUCGUCUUGCAACCUUGGCAAGCGGAGCGAGGUAUGUUGGUUUAUUGUAAGCUUUUAGUGUGAUUAUGUUUAAGUUUGGUGUCUUUAUGUAAGUGAAGCAAAUAAUGCACAUGCUUAAGUUUUCUUUGUUGUGCUGAAAUAUGUUUUCUGUCAUUCUUUUAUUUCCUGUAUUGGAAUAAUAUUU